AUGUCUCACAUCAUGGCGGCCCUCGUCGGCCCCCAGCUGGCCAUGGAGGGGCCCGACGGCUGGCUGCAAAGACAGCACAGAGCGCACAUGAUGACAGCCGGGGUAUUGAAAUCGGCCAUCCGCUGCCUGUCCCAGUUGAUCACGUACGUAACACUCGACUGUGACAACUCAGGCCUCCUGGCGUGGCUGCCGCGCAUGCCGGCCAUGCUGGAGCGGCUGGCAGCCUGGCAGCGCUCCAUGAAGCGUGACGAUUGGGAGCGACGCCGUCACCAUGAAGCCCAGGCGGCACGCGUCGUCGGCUUAGAGAUCCAGCAGUGCUUCCUGAGCGUGUUAUAUUGGCCGCCGCUCUGUGGUUGGGAGUAAU